GCUGGAUAGAUUAUAGAGAUAUAUAAAACGACGACACGACUACACGUCAUUUUGAUUGGAUUGAAAAUGGAACGAAAAAUAUAUUUUCUGUGGCUUUUGCUGGUCACAUUCUUGACUAUAAACGACGCAGCAGAUUUUCUGUCGGAUGCGUUCAUGGAGAAGGUCCGCAGAAAGGCAAAAACAUGGAAUCUUGGCCGUAAUUUUCAUGAAUCUAUAUCAGAGAAAUAUCUACGAGGAUUAAUGGGCGUCCAUGAGGAAUCGUACAAGUAUCCUUUACCGGAUAAACAGGAGGUUCUUGGUGAAAGUGACGACGAGAUUUCCCUCGCUGAUUUACCCGUGGAUUUUGAUGCCCGCUUAAGAUGGACAAGUUGCCCAACCAUCAGCGAGAUCAGAGAGCAAGGUUCAUGCGGUUCGUGUUGGGCCAUUGCAACCACUUCUGUCAUGUCGGAUCGCCUUUGCAUUGGUUCCAAUGGAGUGAUGAACUUCCGAUUGUCGGGAUUAGAUAUGCUUUCAUGCUGUGCCAUCUGCGGUUUUGCUUGCCAGGGCGGCUACCCUGGUGCCGCUUGGGCCUAUUGGGCACGCAAAGGCUUGGUUAGUGGUGGCGACUAUGGAUCCCAACAAGGUUGCCAACCCUAUACUAUUGAACCAUGUGAUCAUAGCGGAAACGGCUCACGCCCUGUUUGUACGGUCGGUGGAGGGGUUCGUUGUCAGCAUUUGUGCGAGCCCAGCUACAAGGUGGAUUUUCAAAGAGACAAAAACUUUGCUUCAAAAGUCUAUUCGAUAAGCAAUGACGUGCUGGAAAUACAGAAAGAGAUAAUGACUAAUGGACCUGUACAAGCAAUCCUUACAGUCUAUGAGGAUUUCCUUUCAUACAAAACUGGUGUUUAUUAUCAUCUCGAAGGCGAGAAAGUCGGACCUCAUGCCGUACGCAUUUUGGGAUGGGGAGUCUGGGGUACCAAAAAGGUUCCCUACUGGCUAGUGGCAAACUCAUGGGGGAGUGAUUGGGGUGAUAAUGGAUUCUUCCACAUUUUUCGCGGCGAGAAUCAUUGUGACAUUGAGGGCUACAUUAUGGCUGGUCUGCCCAAACUAUAAACAAAUAAGCAUUCAGAUAUCUUCGCUUGCCACUUGCCAAUAUGAAACACACACACACACAAAUUAGCUAAAUUAAAUCGACUUCUGACACAUUGUCAACAAACGACAAUAUUUUGAAAAACAAAUAAAAGAUAGCAACUUAUUUGUUACACAGUGGUGGCCACAAAUUUAUGGUA